AGCAGCACUGUAACACACACACACACACACACACACACAUACACACACACACAAAGAAGAACAGUCUGGUCAAACACUGACCUGCCUGGACAUUUAGGUCCACAAUAAAUUAUGGGCAAAAAGCAUAAAAAGCAUAAGUCAGAGAAGCACACAUACGACGAAUACGCAGACAGGCCGCUGAAGCUGGUGCUGAAGGUGGCGGGUAAUGAGGUCACCACCGGAAGUGCCAGCCUCGAACCCCUUCAUGACGACCAGGUAGAUUCUGACAAGCACAAGGACAAGAAGAAGAAGAAGAAAAAGAAGGACGAAAAGGACAAAGAGAGCCCUCCAGGUUCACCCGGCGAGGACAGGAAGAGAAAGAUGACGAAGAAGAGGAAAGGUCACGAUUCAGUGGAUCUGGACUGGGACGAGCAGAGCAGAACUCCGGCCCGGUCGGAUGUAUCCCAGGAUAAACCCCUCACUCCUUCACUGGCUAAACCGGAAGAAAAAGAGCAGACUCCACUACAGGAAGCACUGAGUCAGCUGAUCAGGCAGCUACAGAGAAAAGACCCAAAUGCGUUCUUCUCGUUCCCUGUGACGGACCUUAUCGCUCCUGGCUACUCUCUGAUCAUUAAGAGGCCCAUGGAUUUCAGCACCAUGAAGGAGAAGGUGAAGAGAGAGUGCUACCAGUCCCUCGACGAGCUGAAGAUAGAUUUUAAGAUUAUGUGCGAAAACGCCAUGAUUUACAACAAGCCGGAUACAAUUUACUACAAAGCUGCGAAGAAGCUUCUCCACUCUGGAAUGAAGAUCUUGAACCCUGAAAGGCUUGAGAGCCUGAAGCAGAGUAUAGAGUUUAUGGCAGACCUGAAACCAGGCAGAGGGUCAGAGGACGGAGAGGAACAGGGGUCAUCCAGUGACCCCAAAGACAGGUCGUCUCCCAUGGAUACCAGUGACAACUCGCAGUCACCCAGAGUGGCGCAGCGAGACACACCCAGUAAGGAGUCGAAAGAGGAAGCUCAGAGGAGUGUGAACCAGGCAGAGAAAGAUCUAGAAGAGGUUAAAAAGCUUAUAGAAGAGUCUGGAGGUAAACUGUCCAUCAGGAGCCUUCAGUGUGAGCUGGACUUUGGGCGGAGGAAGCCUGACGGUACGACCACGCUGGGCAUCGUGAACCCUGCUGAUUUAAAUGCUGGAGAUCCAGGGUACUGUCCGGUGAAGCUGGGGAUGCUGGGAGGCCGGCUGCAGGCUGGAGUAAACACUUUGCAGGGUUUUAAAGAGGACAAGAGAAACAGAAUCACUCCUGUGAUGUAUAUGAAUUACGGACCUUUCAGCUCAUACGCUCCGACUUAUGACUCCAGCUUUGCAAACAUCAGUAAAGAGGACUCUGAUCUGAUCUACUCCUGUUACGGAGACGAGUCCAGCCUGCAGGGUUCUGAGAGUAUUGCAGAUUUCCUGGCCAAGUCAGAAGAGCAUAUGAGCAGACUGGCGGAUAAUAUUUUGGACUCGCUGACCAACGGAGAGCACUCCAGACAUCUGAAAGAGACUGAGGCUAGUGGCCAAGAAGAGGAAGAGCCAGCAGAGAAGUCAGACGCUACUAAUGAUGUUGAGGUGGUCGGGUCAGAGUUCAAGACUGCAAGCAGCAUGACCGUUCUGAAUUCAGUCAUCAGUUUGGGUUUGGGUCUCGACUUCUUACCAGAAAGCUUCAAAUCACAGGAAGCUGAACAGUUCCAGAAGAAGCUGGACGAGACGACCUUUUUGCUGAGGGAUCUGCACGAAGCUCAGAGAGAGAGACUUAGUGCCAAACAGCCUCCUAAUAUGAUCUGCCUGCUCGCGCCUACUGCGAAGGAGUUACAGCUAGCGGAAAAGGUGACUGAAAACUUGGCUCAGCUGACCAGUCAGGUGACUCCUGGAGAUGUGAGCAGUGUGUAUGGCAUUAGGAAAGCUAUGGGCAUAUCACUGCCUAGUGAACCUGCAGAGGGUACAUUCGCACACCUGACCACAGUGGGAGCGGAGCAGCUGGACGGAGUGUGUAUGGGCGCUGAUGACGUCUCCGCCAUCACAGUGUAACUGUAUUGGUCAUUCCUGUAUUGAUGGUGCUUAUUGUCUGUUGUUUAUAUACCUUUUGCUUAAUAAAUGUGUGGUGGUGUUUUUUAAAUA